GCUGAGUUUCCGCGAUAGUUAUCAGUUGGCCAACCAUUUUUUUUUCUUCUCACAGACCGGAAGUUCGCCUGUCUUCUGUGUUGUCUCGCUUCAAAGCUGGAAAACUAAACAAGCAGGCUGUCGCUCGAGAUGUUCUCAGGCUACCAGGAGCGGGAAGAGUACGAAGACGAGCUGUACGCCGAGGAAAAACACGAUGACGACUCUGAGCCUGACAGCGAUCUCGAGUUCCAGCUCUAUUCCCAGCUCCACUACUGCACCGAUGACCCGGAGAACCAUCCAGAGAACCGUGACGAGAACCAGGGAAGCUCCGGUCAUGAGACACCUCAGGAACCUCAACCUGGCCGUAGAGUCCAACCUCCUGCUGCUCCUCCCGAUGAAGUCAUUCUGAUCGACUCGGGCCCGGAUGUCAUCACUCUUUCGGAUAACACAGAGGAAGAGGACAGUGUGUGUGCCAGGAAAGGUCAGAGGUCAAAAGGGAAAGGAGUGGCUCCCGUUUCACAGCCUCAGCAUCAUCGUCAAAGUGAGGAAGUGGUAGUCUUGGACUCGGAGUCGGACCAGAGUUCAGAUUCGGAAUCGAUUCCGCCGUACGUGGUGGAUCCGGCUUUGGAUUCGGAUUCUGAUUCUGAUUCGGACGGAUUGGAGAGCUGGAUGAUUCUGGGUCGGGAAAAGGAGGAAGGAGACCAGGACAUACAGCUUAACGUCUUUACGGUCCGCAACAGGGAUCAGCCAGAGUUUGUGAGCAUCGGAGGUGACGCGCAGAACUGGGCCGUCUCGGACAAAGACAAGGAGGCUCAGAUCUGCAACAAAGGCGCCGGCUUGAGGCGCGUCUCAAACCGCUACUACACCGAGAAGACGGUCACCUGCCGCAACUGCAACAAGCUCGGCCACCUCUCCAAAAACUGCCCCACUCCCAAGAAGGCACCAUGUUGUUCGUUGUGUGGUCUUCAGGGCCAUUUCAUGAAGACCUGUCCGAACCGUCACUGCUCGAACUGCGCUCUUCCAGGUCACACGUACGACGACUGUCUGGAGAGAGCGUACUGGCACAAACGCUGCCACCGCUGCGCCAUGACCGGCCACUUCGCCGACGCCUGUCCUGACAUCUGGAGGCAGUAUCACCUCACGACGACGCCGGGACCCCCGGUCAAAUCCCCUGAUCCCGACGCUCACAGAUCUCCUGCGUACUGCUACAACUGCUCUGGAAAGGGACACUUUGGCCAUGAGUGCACAGACAGGAGGAUGUUUAACGGAACGUAUCCCACGCUGCCUUUCGCCUCCUCGUACGACACCCAGCACGACAUCAAACGGAGAGAGCAUCGAGCUCACCUCCGAGCCAAAGAGCUCCAAGAGGCCGGCCUUCUAGAGCAGGCCGAAGACGCUCCCACUCCCCAGCCUCCCCGAAAGAAAGCGAAAAACACACAUUUCCGGUCUGCACCAGUCCCUCACACACCCAACACACACACCCCGAAGAGACGCAUCGCCCACACACCUAAACACCCUGCUCAGACCACGCCCAAACCCAACACACACCUGCACUGGCAGGACGACACACCCGUCCCCAAGAAGAAGAAUAAGAAGAACAUGACGGCAAGCACACCUGGUCCUUACAGCGCGGCCACGCCCCAGUUCGAGGGCAAGAAGAAGAAGAAGAACAAGAAACAGAAACAAAAUGCGAUGAACGAGGAACAGGACUUUCCCCGAAGCUUCCAGAAAAGUCCCUGUAACAAAGGAGCGCUCAUUCACACUCCGCCGUAUAGAGGGAGGAAAAGCCCGGGAGUGCUGUUCGGCUCGGAAAAGAGCAAGAAGAAGAAACACAAGGAGGAAAAAAGGGCGAGGAAAGCGGCCAGGGACCCCGAGAACCUGUUUCUGAUCAAACAAAGGAAGCGUAGUAGAUAGUGUGUGUGUGAGGAAUGAGGGAAUGAAAGGAAAGUCUGUGUGUGAGAGAAGAAACAGUGAACGACUAGUAACGAGUAAAGCUCUGGCUUUUCUUUGUCUCCCUCUAGUGUCCAUCAUCAGUAUUACACACUGAGUAUUACAUACACACUCUCAUAUAACUAGCAGGUGAUUUAAUUUCGGCACUAGUAACACACACACACACACACACACACACACACACACACACACACACACACACACACACACAUCAGUCUCACACAGUUUUCUCCGUACCCUAACAUAGAUGGUGUCCGAUGUUUGUUUCUUUAGAUGUAGUAGAAUCCAGAGUAACACGAAAACCUGUUCAAAAGUACACACUACAGUAAACACACUGAUGUCGCAAAUCUGUAAAACCUUCUACAUUCCCUUUUACAUCUCAACAGCUACGAAAAGGAUUUUUGAAACUUCUGGUUUGUCACUGUUCCUCUGUUUGUGCUGCUCUCAUCAAUGAUCCGAUCUGAAGUUCCUGCUGCUGUGAACGCUGCUGCCAAACACACCGGCCAUUUUAACGUUCACCUUCGAAGGAUCUUUCAGAAAACCAGACGAAAACUCUGCUUGUACAUAAGUUUGUAGAAUUUUUCUAUUUAAAUUGUGUACACGGCUGUGGCUCUGCUGCAGCAGUAAAUAAAAGCAGGAGUGUUGGUA